GCAACAUAUUUAAAGCUUAUUAUAUCAUACAAUUAAUUAAACAAACCGACAUUGUUUACUUGGGUAAGUCGUGAAGGCAUCGUGCAUAUUCACUACUAAUUAUAUUAUACAUUCAAUUAAUCAUUUAAAUCAGUGAUUAAUUCAUUAUACACUGCUAGAUAAAGAACUUGUAUUUCUUCAUAAAUAUUUCGUCCUCAAUGUUUCUCUAAAUUAUGUCCAAUAUCUUUAUUUUGCGGUUUUAUUCCAUUGAGCAACUGGAAUUUUACGAAAGACAUUACAAAACACGGCUUGGAAAAGAAAACAAAACGAAGUGCCAUGAAGUUGUCAUCUGGAUUUUCGCCAUUCAUCGGUUUUGUUUUAAGCUUCCGUUCGAGAAAUACAUUGAAUAUAUGAGUAGUAUUUUAUUUGUCUUUCGAACACGUUCAGAACCUGGUCGAUGGCUUUUUUCUUCUUCAGAAACAUAUUCACAAAGGUUACUAGUUUCUAUUGUAACUUCCAACACAAUAAUAAAUCUAUAAGAUGUAGCAGAUAUGAAACAUUCUUAGAAAUAUUAAUAUUCAUCUAGCGGUAUUUUUAGAAAUAUUAAUAUUCAUCUAGCAGCGUAUAUCAGGGGAAACUAAAUACAUUUCGCCUUUUGUGUUUCCGAAUGAGUUUUUGUUGUCAGAUGUUAGUCGCGGUCGAAUCACAUUGCCGUAGGAAGGGAAAUUUGGUGUACUUAAAAAAAGAUUUCACUAAACACUGGUUUAUAUAGUAGUAACAGGUAAGAUAUAUAAUAAGGUUAUUUAAUACAAUUAAGGUGAACAUCGGUAAUUGAAAACUUUUUAUAUUGCUGAUCAGAGAUGGAUAUCAAUUCUAUUGUCCAGCACUGAUUGUCUGAAAAGUAAUAAUGAUGCAGAAUUGAUAACAAGACAAAUCAAUAGCAUAUUUAUUUAUUAACGAACCGGUAAUAAUUGACAAAUGUCCAUUAUGACACGACACCGGUUGCAGCCAUUACUGUGUAUGUAUUUACAUCGUCGUACACAUGAACUCGUGACGUCAUACUUUUGUGUGCAUAUCUUGACGUGUAGUUAAAUUAACACAUUUCAAUUUGUUUAACUUCAAAUUCGACAUUUAACACUGUUCAUGAAUCUCUCUUUUUCAUUGAACACUUCUUGAAUUCAACAGUUCCUGAUAUUAAAUCUCGAUAUCGUUCCGACAUGUUGAUUUUCUGUCUGGAUCUCUUAGUUUGGUUCCAGACGGUGUCUGUAGUUUCGAACUCAGAUGUAUGACAAUUCAUAGUCUCUUCACAUUCUCAAUAUGUCUGAACUGUGGGGUUCUCAGUAUCUGUCCACAGAUGACAGCGAUUUUGUCGAUACUGUCUUCCUUCUGACGUGGUUAUGUUGUUAGAUCUUGGUGCGUCAUUAAAUGAUUUGACAAUUCCGGGCUUCCAUGACUGGUUUUCUUGAAUCCUGAUUUGCUGUCAAGGGACGUAACUCUCUAUUUACCCCCGUCGUAGUAAUUCUUUUGCCGUACUUGAGAUGCUUUCUGUUGGUCAUGUAGCGGUUUCUGGUCCUGUAACCCAAGGCAUCGGACACAGAUUGUCUUUGGACAUUGACAUCAAGGAAUUAUUUACAUGAGUCACAUCCUUAAUAUUUAUUGUCUUUACAGACAAAAGGAAGAUGUUAUACAGAGCAGACAUAUAAGAAGCUGUCAUAGAAAUCCAUUUCUUUAUUCUCUGGAAUGUUUAAGAAAUGGUUUUGCUUUCUAGAUUACAAGUGGAAACAUUUAUGAUGUCGUUUUAAACAUCUGAUAUUGAACAAGAUCACAAUUGCUGAGAAUACUGCAGUAGAAUUAUUUGCUAGAAAUAAUAUAUACUAAAGGAAAGAAGAAAUGGACAAUGAAUUAUCUAAAAAUCAAGGUUAAUCACAAAAUACAUUCUAAAGGGAUUAAUUGUCUUGAUGAUGGUAAAACAUUGUCAAGGAAAAUGAUAAAUAUGCGUGAUAUCAUUCAUGGGAAAAUCACUCUCUUACAAAAGUAACUUGACGUUUUACACAAAUAUUCAUACAGGAGAGAAUUUGCAUGUAAUAUCUGUGGUAAAUCAUUCUUUUGUGAAAAUAACCUUACUACUCACACAAACAUUCACACAGGAGAGAAAUCGUAUGAUUGCAAUAUCUGUGGUAAAUCAUUUUCUGAAAAAGGAGCCCUAAAUGUUCAUAAACGCAUUCAUACAGGAGAGAAACCAUAUCACUGUGAUAUCUGUGGUAAAGCUUUUACUGAGGACGGUACAUUUACAAGACAUAUGGAAGGCGGACAUUAAACGACGAUGAUGAUAAACGACAAUGAAACGUAUUCAUGCAGGAUAGACAUCAUAUCACUGUGAUGUUUGUGGUAAAUCAUUCUCCCAAAAUAACCAACUAACUCUUCAUACAUGCAUUUUAUAUGAGAGAGAAAUUGUAAAGUUAUGAUAUCUUUGGUAAAUCAUUCUCUCAAAGUAUUAACUUGCUAAAUCAAAAACGUCUUCAUAUAAAAGAGAUGCAGUAUCAGUGUGAUAUCUGUGAUAAAUCAUUUUCGAAUAAAAGUCACUUAUCUAGACACAAAUACAUCCAUAGAAGAGAGAAACCAUAUCAUUGUAAUAUCUGUGGUAAAUCAUUCUCAAGAAGUGAUCAUCUAACCCUUCACAAACGCAUUCAUACAGGCGAGAUGCCAUAUCAAUGCAAUAUUUGUGGCAAAUCAUUUUCUGACAAAAGUCACUUAUCUAGACACAAACUUAUCCAUACAGGAGAGAAACCCUAUCACUGUAGUAUCUGUGGUCAAAAAUUUGCUGAGAAUGGUAACUUAACUAUUCAUAAACGCAUUCAUACAGGAGAGAAACCAUAUCAAUGUAAUAUCUGUGGUAAAUCAUUCUCUCAAAAUCAUCAAUUAACUCUUCAUAAAUGCAUUCAUACAGGAGAUAAACCACAUCACUGUGAUAUCUGUGGUAAAUCAUUCUCUCGAAAUCAUCAAUUAACUAUUCAUAAACGCAUCCAUACAGGAGAGAAACCAUAUCACUGUAAUAUCUGUGGUAAAUCAUUCUCUUGUGAAAAUAACCUGACUACUCACACAAACAUUCACACAAGAGAGAAAUCAUAUGAUUGCAAUAUUUGUGGUAAAUCAUUCUCUGUAAAUGGAGCCCUAAAUAUUCAUAAACGCAUCCAUACAGGGGAGAAACCAUAUCACUGUAAUAUCUGUGGUAAAGCUUUUGCUGAGAAUGUUACAUUAACAAGACAUAGACGUAUUCAUACAGGAGAGAAGCCAUAUCACUGUGAUAUCUGUGGUAAAUCAUUCUCUGUAAAUGGAGCACUAAAUAUUCAUAAACGCAUCCAUACAGGAGAGAAACCUUAUCACUGUAAUAUUUGUGGUAAAACAUUUGUUGAGAACAGUAAGUUAACUAGACAUAAACGUAUUCAUACAGGAGAGAUAUAUCACUGUGAUAUCUGUGGUAAAUCAUUCUCUCAAAAUAAUCAAUUAUCUCUUCAUACAUGCAUUCAUGUGGGAGAUGAAUUGUAACAUUAUAAUAUGUGUGGUAAAUCAUUCUCUCAAAAUGUUCAUCUAAAUAUUCACAAAUGUAUUCAUAUAGAAGAGAAACUAUAUAACUGUUAUAUUUGUUGUAAAUUAUUCUCAUGGAAGUAAUCGGACUUGACAUAAGUAUCUUCACAGAGGAGAGAAACCAUAUCACUGUGAUACGUGUGGGAAAGCAUUUUCUUGGAGUCGUCACUUUACUCACAAAUAGACAGGAAAGAAACCAUGUCAUAGUGGUGUGAUGUCUGUGGUGAAUGCAUUUGUACAGGAGAGAAACCAUAUCGCUAUGAGAUCUGUGUUGAAACAUUCUCUCCUCCCAAGAAUCACUUCACUCACCAUUCAUAUAAAAUAGUGUCUGAAUCUGUGAAAAUUUGGAUCAUGGUCAAUAGAGUGUCUUUGUUGGAAAAAUUAUUGUUGAGUAAAUAGAUAUCUAUAAAAUUAUUGGAUAUUCCAUUGAAAGAACAUUUACAAACAUUAUUUCGUUACCAAAAUUUAUGCUUCUAUAGCAGGACUCAUGGAGGUUUUGUAGUGUCAGUCAGCAUAUUUGAGAACAUUAUGUUCAUUUAUUAAACACCAGCAAAGUCAUUCAACAAAUUCAUUUGAAAACCUGCCAUUUAAUUAAAGCUGUACUUUUAAAUAUAAUGCAAAUGAACUUAGAAGUUACUGCUUUUUUUACAGUCUUGAAAUAAAUGUGACAGACAUGAUGUGCUUUAUGGUUUAAGGAAAAGAGAAAGCUUAUUCAUAGAUUGCUACAAUUAUGGCUGAGUGGUAAGGAGUUUGCUUCUCAAUGACAUGGUUCUAGGAUCAGUCCUACUACAUGGCUCCUUAGGCAAGUGUCUUCAACCUUGGUCCGAAUAAAACCUUGUAGAUGGAUUUAGUAUACGUAUGUGUGUGCAUAUUUAUAUAUACACACACAUGUUAAUGCUCCCCUCAAUCAUGAAUGUCCACAGGAUUGAACCUAGAAAGUUCUCCUAGGCACAAGUCCAGACAAAAUGGUUUAUGGAAAACCAGCUGUUCCCCCCACUCUCCACAUCACUGAUGUUACCCAAGGGAAAGGCAAAGGGGCCGAUACAGCUUGGCACCAGUGACAUUGCAAAUCAUUUCUACAGCUGAUUGAGCUGGAACAAUGUGAAAUAAAUUGUCUUGCUGAAGAACAGAACACACAGCCUGGUCAUGUAAUCGAACAUUAUGAUUGUGGGCCUGACGCUAUAACUACUGAGGCAUUUGUAUGCAUACAUAUAUAUGUGUGUGUGUGUGUAUCAAUAAAAGUGAAAUUCUGUCAUUCCA